AUGGCAACCACUACUGUAGCCACGCCCACCAAAACCUCCCCAACAUGGGAAGAACUCCUUGGCAGCAACAACUGGGAUGGCCUUGUGGAGCCGGAGCUUGACGAAAACUUGCGUAAGUUCAUCCUCAGGUGCGGCGACUUCUGCCAAGCCACCUACGACUGCUUUAACUCCAACCCCAUCUCCUCACAGUGCGGCAAUAGUCGCUACGGCAAGGAUACCUUCUUCCACGACGUCAUGCUGGAAAACCAGUCACGCUACCAAGUCGUCUCAUUCCUCUACGCCACCUCCGGCCUCGGCGAUAUCCAGAAGAAAUUGUUUUUGCAUCCCAAUAAAGAUGUUAAGGGCAGCGGCAUAAUCGGCUGGGACAGUGAGUCCAACUGGAUGGGCUACGUAGCCGUGACUACGGACAAAGUUAGCAAAGCCAAUGGCCGCCGGGUGAUUUACGUGGCUUGGCGUGGGACCAUAACUAAUGCAGAAUGGCAGAGCAAUGUGUUUGGGGCAAAUCCUGUGCCCGCCAAGCCAUUGCUCUCUGAUCCAGCAUCGGCGAAAGCAGAGUUUUUCUUGUGGUGGGGAAAAGAUGAGCCCAAAAUCCACGAGGGCUGGCUCUCAAUCUACACCUCGGAUAAUAGCGCUUCGGAGUACGUGAAGACGAGUGCGAGAGUUCAACUCACCACCACUAUCAAAGAGCUGAGGGAGAAAUACAAAAACGAGAAGCUUAGCGUUGUGGUGACAGGACACAGUCUUGGUGGGGCUCUGGCAACUAUAAGCGCCUUCGACCUCGUUGAAAACGACGUCGUUGGUGAUGAUGUCCAAGUCUCGGCUUUCGUGUUUGGAUGUCCUCAAGUGGGCAACACUGAGUUAAAGACCAGAGUGGAAGCACACUCGAACCUUAAGAUUCUUCACGUGAAGAAUGUUCGUGAUCUCGUACCGAAACUUCCUGAUAUGGAACUUCAGAUAUAUGUCCCUUUUGAUACGGUUGACCUUGAGGUCGAUACCAACAAGUCGCCUUACUUGAAAUCAAAAUAUAUAACUGAUACCUUGGGCGAUUUCCACAACUUACAGGCGAAUUUGCAUAUGGUGGCCGGGUGGAAUGGACCGGACAGCAAGUUUGGGCUGAAGGUGAAGAGAAGCUUGGCUUUGGUGAACAAGUCUUGUAGAUUCCUAAAGGAGGAGUUCAAAGUGCCCGAAUUUUGGUGGGUGGAGAAGAACAAAGGGAUGGUGUACGACGAUGAAACUCAAGAAUGGGUUUUGGAUCCUCCACCUCCAGCAAAUCAGAUGCUCAAGAUGUCUACAAAUUAA